AUGGACCGGAUUCCAGAACCAGUAAGAGGCAACGAGAGUGGGCGACUCAAGUUUAGAUAUUUGGUUGGAUUAAAAAAAAUAUUUGAAGCCGUAGCCGUCAGCCAAAAUGUCGAGGCAAAGGAAGCCAAUGGUAAGGAUGCUACUGUUGGAGAAAAUGAUAAAGCAAAGGAAGCAAGUAUUGAUGACACUAAUUUUCAAGAAAAUGAUGAGGUAAAGAAAGCAAGUAUUGAGCAUAUUGAUGUUGCACAACUUCCCAUGGAUCCCGGAUUAAGAACUCCAAUAUUGGAUUAUAAUGUUAAUCUUCGAGAUCAAAUAAGAAGAGCAUACUUGCAGAGAGAAUAUAGUAUAAGUAAAAAUGCUGCAUUUUACUUAUACUAUUAUCUUUUCGGACCAAACAAUGGGGAACAAGGAGGUGGCGAUACUUUUGUAAAAGAAGGGUUCCAUAAUUUUAAAAAGAAUGAUAGACUUGGAGUUCAUGUUGGAGAUGUCCAUAGUGCACACAAUCAAGCCCGAAGAAACUGUGAAGCCUUGAUGAAUCAAGAGCAACAUAUUGAGACAGUUUUAUUCAAGCAGUCAAAAAGAGCAUGGAGUACAUAUCGAAUUCUUUUGAAUGCAUCAAUUGAUUGUAUACGACUUCUUUUAUGUCAAGGACUAGCUUUUCGUGGUCAUGAUGAGUGUGAAGAGUCAAAUAAUCAAGGUAACUUUCUUGAACAGUUGAAGUUUCUAGCUGAUCAUAAUGAAAAGAUUAAAGCUGUCACUUUGAAAAAUGCUCCAAAAAAUCACAAACUAACAUCACCAAAAAUUCAGAAGGAUAUUGUAAGUGCUGGAGCUAUUGAAAUGAUUGAUGUUAUCAUCAAAGAUAUUGAUGAUACAUUCUUUUCAAUUUUAGUUGAUGAAUCUCAAGAUAUCUCAGUGAAGGAGCAAAUGUCUGUUGUUUUAUGUUAUGUUGAUAAGACAAGACAUGUGGUUGAACGUUUUAUUGGAAUUGAACAUGUUUCCAGUACUACAGCUCUAUCACUUAAAGCGGCUAUAGAUAAAUUAUUUUCAAGAUAUGGGUUGAGUAUAUCCAGAUUGCGAGGUCAAGGUUAUGAUGGGGCGAGUAAUAUGCAAGGUGAGUUCAAAGGUCUUAAAACACUUAUUUUGAAAGAGAAUCCAAGUGCCUUUUAUGUUCAUUGUUUUGUUCAUCAACUUCAAUUAGCUCUUGUAGCUCUGGCAAAGAAGCAUAAGAAAAUCCAAAAACUCUUUAAUUUGGUUUCUAGCAUGGUGAAUAUUGUUGGAGCUUCUUCUAAAUGUUGUGAUAUUCUCCGAGAGAAACAAGAAGCCAUAAUUUCUGAAGCACUCAUUAAUGGUGAGAUUUCAAGUGGGCGAGGUCUAAAUCAACAAUCAUUUGAGUUUGUGUUUAAUUUACACCUCAUGAGAACUAUCUUAGGAAUUUCCAAUGAAUUGUCUAUGGCAUUACAAAGAAAAGAUCAAGAUAUUGUAAAUGCCAUGAGUUUAGUGACAGUAUGCAAACAAAGACUCCAAGAAAUGAGGGACAAUGAGUGGGAUUCUUUUUUGGAUGAAGUCGUUUCUUUUUGUCGCUCACGGCGUAAUACUGAAGAAAUGACAAAUUUUCAUCACUUUCGUGUGGAUUUAUUUUAUUCUGUCAUUGAUAUACAAAUUCAAGAAUUGAAUGAUCGUUUUUCUGAGGUAAGUACAGAGUUACUUCUUUGUUUAGCAUGUUUAUGCCCCGAUGAUUCAUUCUCUGCUUUUGACAAGGAUAAAUUAAUUCGUCUUUCUAAGUAUUAUCCUAAAGAUUUUUCAAAGAUACAGCUCAUGACACUUGAUGAUCAGCUUCGAAACUAUAUUGUUGAUAUGCGCUCUAACAAGGAGUUCAGAGAAUUGAAGGGACUUAGUGAACUUGCAUUGAAGUUGGUUGAGACCAAAAGAAAUAAAAUGUAUCCAUUAGUUUACAUGCUUGUGACUUUAGGAUUAACUCUUCCAGUUGCUACUGCUUCAGUUGAAAGAGUAUUUUCGGCUAUGAACAUUGUGAAGAAUCGACUGCGUAAUCAAAUUGGAGACCAGUGGAUGAAUGAUAGCUUAUUUGUGUAUGUGGAAAAAGAUGUAUUUAACGAAAUCGAUAACAAGACUAUUAGACGGCGUUUUCAAAGUAUGAGAAGCCGUAAGGAACAAUUGUAA